UCCUGCUGUUGUCUUUGUGCUUGUACAAAACCUUUCGAGUAAGCUGUGACUUUUUAAGGUUUUCCAGGAAAGAUUUCCCGGAACUAAGCUAUUGGGUAGUUUUUAUUUGUUUUCCAGACUUCUAAUUAACACAUAAAAUAGAGGGGAGUAUUUUAGUGAGUGCACAUUAGCGCAGUUUUCUUGACAAAGAUGAGUGGGAAAAUGUGAACAUGCCCAAAAUUCGCGUCAGACACUUCUCAGUGAUAACUACCAUUUACAGAAAAAACUGAAGCUUUAAAAGUCUGGACCCCUACUAUGAAUAGCCGAUAGCGAAUACGAUAAAAACAAUAACCCCUAAAAUCUAACUUUCUUCCGCGACUGAUUAGGGUUGUUGGCGGUUUCACGCAGGGGAGCCGAAGAUUAAAAGACAAUAAAUUUAACUUAUAGCCGUUGACUAGCUAAGACUGACAUCAAUAAACGGGAAAAAGUAGACCUUACUUUUAGCUACACCGGCAACGGAUGGUAUACAAUAUCGGAUGUCACAUUUAUUUAUUUAUCUUAAUUAAUACAAAUGUAUUGAAUAUUCUUUUUUAGUAGUUUAUAUUAAGAAAAAAGGGAAUGUCGAGGCUUUAAUUUCCAUAGUGCCUUUAAGGUGCUCCCCGGUGAGUAGGUGGUAUUCCGCAUGACAAUUAAUAGUGUCUAGAGUUUAAAUGUAUUCCUUCCAUUUUGUACACUUUUUACUUCGUUUUUUAGAUUUGAUCUUAUGGUAGAUAUUUUCCUUCAGGCGCCCAGACCUAUUUAGACGUGUUCACAUAAACAGAUCAAAAUGUAUGCUGCAUGUCAUUCAUUCUUUUCAUUGAGGCGACAGUGCAGGCGCUUUUUUCGUUCAACAGGUCAGAUUUUUUUCCUUGAUCAGCGCCUGUUCUUCAUUUCUUUUUAUAAAGAGAAGCAGAAAAGUGCUGAUAUUACCAAUUAGUAUAACCCCUUACGUCUUUUAGAGUUUUUUCUUCGAUUUUCUUUGCUUGAAGUUUAAGGGGAAGAGUUAAAAUCAAAAGUUUGAACUAUUAUUAAACCUUAUUUUCUUUUAUUUAUAUCACAAGUGCUUAAGAAACAGCAAAAUGCUUGAUUGUCCAAAACAAAGAUAAUUGAACCAUAUGGUUCGACAUUUGGAUAUCAAAAUGUUUUCAGUUUCUCGACGUUUCAACAACCCUUAAAAUUACUUCCUUGAAUCACCUGCAGUUCCGAUAUAAUAAUACAGUAAUCACCCGCGCAAAAGAACCUAGAGAUUAUAAACCAGUUCAGGUAAGGAUUUAGCAUUUUAAGGAUCCUUUUUACCAUAAGAACCUUAUCAGUUUGGUGGGAAAGGGAAAGAAUAGGCCCUUUUUUGAAAGAUUGUUUUGUCAAAACAGGGGCGUAGCCAGGGGGGUGGUCUCGGGGGCCCGGGUCCCCCUUUCUAGCAGCCAAAAAUACAGAAAAUGUGUGAGACAUUAUCUAAAACACAGGAGAGAAUGCCUCAAAAAGGCCCCCUGGCUACGCCGCUGCAAAAUUCUAACAGUCGAUAACAAAAGAGAAAAUAUGCUUUUAGCAAAUGUUAACUUUUUUCUGGGAGUUUGAGUGAUUCACUGGAAUCAUUUUAAUCAGUCUGGAUCCACCCCUGAAAUUAUGCUGCGUUCAGCAUUGACUGUUAUUGUCGGUGUAUAUAAAAAAUAAGAACUAAUCAAGAACCUAAACAGCCUGAUUUGUCAAAAGAUACCCCGAUUUAUAAGAAUCUACUGUAUUCAACGUGAUCUUGAAAAUUUAAGGUACUUUAAUGCGGGUGUUUACUGUUAUAGAAACCGGUUAGAAACUAGCAAAAGCAAACGAUCCAUAUACCCAGGUAUACUUUGAUUUUUAUCAUUUUUAUGAAUAAUCACGAAUUAAAAAAAGGUCUAGAGAGUGCGAAAGAUAUCAGGUACAACAAAUAGCUAUUCUUAUUGACGUUCUAGCCCGGGUAAAAUUGAUACUUCACUUUGCGAAUAAAGCAAUUAUAUCUGUUUCGAUUACUCAGGAACCAAACUGACGCCUUAAAUUGCCGACAGGAAAAAGGGAAACUAAAUCUUAGCCGUUAGAUUGACUGCCACUUUGAUGUUUUAUGAACGGAAACACGGGGAGUAAAUCUUAAGACUUCUGUCGGAAUUAAGGCCUUAUCAUUUACUGUAUAUUGUUUCGGUAUUUCAUUUUCAAGGAGAUAAGAAUCUUUCCCAUGAUUUUUUCAUUUAAAGUCAAGGCAAUAACCGUGUAGUGUUGCUGCUAAAUGGCCCCAGGAGACAACAAAACUUAUGCUUACUGAUAGAUGAGCAAGGCACGUCCUUUCCCGUCAAUACGCCUGCCUCAAAUAAACCCUCCAAGACAACUACGCCACAAAUACAGCCUCCGCAAAGAACCACAAGCCCAGAGCUAACUCAAAAAGCAUUUGAAAAGACAAAGAUUAACCAUGAAGGGAACUUUACCAAACAUUACGAACGCAUCGACGGAAGGCGGGGCUGUUCGUCUAUUUGAGAUGGAGUUCGCCUGGGCCGUAUUUGGCACUGUGUAUAUGGCUGUCGUACUAGUGCUGACCGUUGUUGGGAACUCCGCUGUGAUGGUUGUCUUCAUGACAAGCGACAUGCUCCGAUCUACCGUAAACAAUCAUUUCUUGCUAAGUCUAGCCAUUGCGGAUGUACUCGUUGGCUUACUUGUGAUGCCGUGCGCAAUCGAAGCUUUUCGAACCCAAACGUGGCGAUGUGGUGUGUUUAUGAAGGACUUUAACGCAUUUGGGAACUUCUGUUUCUGUAUAUCAUCCAUUAUGCACCUGAUGCUGCUCUCCGUGGACAAAUAUCUCUCAAUCGCGCGACCGCUUCUUUACCCCACAUGGAUGACGACUCGUAAAGUGUACAUAUAUUGUCUGAUCGCAUGGAUUUACUCUGCCUUUUGGGCGCUCUUACCCAUAAUUGGGAUUAGUUCCUACGAGUGCUUUAUCCCGUAUAUCGGGGAAUGCGCAUCGGAGGAUUGGGCGUCUAAUGGCCUGAACUUGACGUUUGCUGUGUCGGUUGUGACUGGGACGUACGGCAUUGCGCUAAUAGUCAUGUUUAUUGUAUACGUGUUACUCGCUCGCAUCAUCCGUGACCAAUCGAAACGAAUCGAUGUCCGUAUCGGUGAAACAAACCCUCAAGAAAAGAAGGCAAGCAACAAAUCAAAAAGUUCGGUUCUAAGAAAGUAUAAAGGGCUAAUGACAAUUUUGUUGCUGAUUUUAACUUAUCUCGUCUGUUGGUCGCCAUUCUGUAUCAUGCUGUUUUUUGAGAUCGCGAAAAAGACUAAGAUCAGAGGACCUGCGUCUAUGGUAGGAAUGAUCAUCGGUUUCAGCAACAGCUGCUGCAAUCCUAUUAUUUACUGGCUGAAAUACAAGCGAUUUCGCACGGCUUUCAAAAGGAUUUUUAAAAAUCACGUUAUCAAUCGCUUAACUCCUGGGGGAGGAGGGACCUUCUAUACACCGUCUGACGUCUCAGUGACCGCAGGGUCCAUCACCGUCAGACGAGUUCAAAAUGCCCCUGAAGACAGCGAUACCAACACAAAGACGAAGUGAUUCACCUGGCUAUUACGGGCGUAAGCCAAUGUAUCACUGAUGAAGGGAAUAAUGCCAUAGCUCGCUAUAGCCAUAAUAACAGCCCAUUGACAAUACUGCAAUAAAAUACAGGCAUGAACCUGGCUUUUACGGGCGGUAGCCAAUAUUUAACAAUUAGACUACGAGUUCGAGUUUUCUAUGAGUCAAUAAAUAGUCAACGCGGCUCGUAGCGCCGGGUUGACUAUUUGACUCAGAAAACGAGAACAAGUAGUCUAAUUGUUUUAGUAUAAAUCCACUCACAUACUACCUUCAAAUAAAUGACGAUUUUAAUAACUCCCAGUAAUAAAUAACCGCUUUUGGCGCCGCUUUUUAGCUACUCACUAUAUAUAUGCUCAAUAGAUAGUGAGUACGGGAGCCAUUCAAAUUGCGGGAUUCGUUUGUGAGUGGAUUUAUACUAAAUUACGACAGAGUGCCUAGUAAGCUUGCGCCAAUCGACACAAUCGACUAACAGUGUUAAAAGCUUGUUGCCGCCCAAUUCAGAUCAUGUGAUGAUUCCUUUGGGUGGAUACUUCUGUUCGUUUUUUACAUACACUCAUGCACUCGGUCGUGUGAGAAAAAUUGUACAAUUGUAACCGCCCUAAACACCGGUAACCGAUGGAGUCUAUUUGCAAUAUCACAAAAAAUAUAUAGCAGGUCCAAGCCUUGCUGUUGCGGGCGGGAGUCUUAAUAUGGACCUUUUCUAUAUCAAUGAGAUGGGUAUUUAGAUUACGACUUUUAUCCUAUCAUCACGCUGUUUUUCAAUGUUUUGACGCAUAACCAUAGAAAGGCGUUGUCGGGGCUAGGGGGGGUUACGGCUUCGGUUUAUGGGGCUCGGAAAACAUGUUAUCAUCCCUUCUCCUCAAGCGUACGUAAUAUCGAAACGUAAUAUCUUGUCACUCACUCAGUCAGUGUAUCUGUCAGCCGCCAUUUUGUAACCCUAGCAACAUGUCGAGUUUGACUAAAGGCGAACUAGACAGCAAGAUUUGGUUGAAUGCGACACCUCUACAACUCGAGUCGUAGAGUGUAAAUUAGUAGAUUAGUCUACGACUUCACCACGAUGCUCGACUACGAAUCCGUAGUGUGUAAAUCCCCUCCCCCCUCUCUCCACAGCGGAGAGUCCACUUUCGGUUCUCAAUAGACGUGCUUUUUGUAGACAAAACUAUAAAGCAUAAGUUAGAUAAAUAAAUUAGACUACGACUCCACUACGAUGUUCGACUAAGAAGCGUGUGUAUUUUAGGGCUAAGACAUAUCGUAGGCAAGUCGCAUACGAUUAUGAAAUCGUACUGUCUAAAUCAGCCAUAAGCAUAAUAAAAAACUAUUGCGAUA